CUCACAGCGACCCGUAGUGACGUCACACUCAAAACAGAAAGCGUUUUUACUACCGGGUGAUUCGAGCGAGUGGAUCUUCUCUUAAAACCAUUUUUCCCCCUCAGAAUGUCACAGGAUACCUGGUUACAAAAUUAUGACGCUACUUGUCGGCUGGCACAAGAAAUUGCUGAAAACAUCCAUGAACGGAACAGGCAGCAAAGGACAGGGGGUAACCCUGCCAAGAUCAACAUGACACUACGGGCGUCGUUGCAGAAGCUCAAACAGAAUAUCGCCCAGCUUAAAGAGAGCUUGUUGAGGGCUUCAUCAUCACGGCGCAUAAUGCAGUCAGAAGGUGACCGGCGACAGAAUCUCAUUGACGACUUGCUGACCAGGGAGAAACAGCUCAAUGCCACAUUUAAAGGCGAUGUCGCAGAGCCCGGACCUUCCAGAUCAACCUUAAUGGCAGGAGGAGCAGGAAUGAGCGAAGAAGUCAAAGCAAACCCGUGGCUUAUUAAUGAAACAGAGGAAACCAAGGGCUUGACUUUUGGAGAGAUUAAACAGCAGCAACAACGAAUCGUCGAAGCCCAGGAUGCAGGUCUAGAUGCACUAGCAGCCGUCAUCAGCAGACAGAAGAUCAUGGGACAGGAGAUUGGCAAUGAGCUGGAUGAACAAAACGAAAUCAUCGAUGACCUCGCGCAUCUCGUGGACAAGACAGAUGGCCGCAUUCAUAACGAGACACGACGGGUGAAGCUAGUGGAGAAAAAGUCAGCGUCUUGUGGGAUGCUGGUGGUGAUCGUGCUGCUUCUUAUUGCCAUCAUCGUGGUCGCCGUGUGGCCUGUGUAGCGUUAGGAGUGGACCUGUGCUGGACGACUACUUGGAUUUACACAGACAACGCAGCUAAGACAUUUCUCCUCUUAUCUUAUAUUAUUAACGUGUUAAAUUAAGUCAUUCUGGGAAUCAUUUUUCACACUUGGUUGUAUUUGUGCAACUACAACUGCAAUAUUGUCAUAUGUUUUGUUGUAAGCAAAGCCCCUCUUAAAGGAACAUGCUCUUGAAUUACUAACAUAAACUUCUUACGAAAUCACAGCAGUAAUUUCAAAUAAAUUACAUGUACACAAAAAAAAUCCCAAAGAUCCUGGCUGACGUGUUUUAAAUCAGUGUUUUUUAACCAUUGCUAGCCCGCGGCAAAAAAUAUGUCAAAGACUAUAAAAAUGGGACCCAUUGCCUCCCUGCUUGGCACUCAGCAUAAAGGGUUGGAAUUGGGGGUUAAAUCACCAAAAUGAUUCCCGAGCGCGGCCACCGCUGCUUCUCACUGCUCCCCUCACCUCCCAGGGGCUGGAACAAGGGGAUGGGUCAAAUGCAGAGGGUAAUUUCACCACACCUAGUGUGUGUGUGUGUGUGUGUGUGUGUGUGUGUGUGACUAUCGUCGGGACUUUAACUUUACUUUAACUUCUCAGCUGUGGUCCGUUUGGUACACAGUGGUAAUACACUUUUCCACCACUUGUGGCAGUAAUGACAUUGUGAAAUAAAAACAGAGGAAGUCUGGAGCUAAAGUCAUAGAGAGGUUUUGUAAGUGCAAACAUUAAGAUUAAUUUAGUUGAUUUUAUUUAACGUCAAUGUAUUUACAUUUUUUUUUUUUUAGUUAUUUAUGAGUCCCUUCUUAUGCAGUACAGGCAUGUGAUUUUUCCGUCUAAAGUCGGAAUUCCGUCCUUUUUAAUCUCGGGAAAAAAAAAAAAAAGAUCUCCCGUUUUUCCGUUUUUUUUCCCGACCCUAAAUCAAGAUUCGAGACGUAGUUUAUAUUACGCCGUAGUUGAUUGGUCGAUAUGUUCUCUGUGACCAAUCAGGACAUCUGUUAUGAAUGAUGACGUUAUUAACGUCAUCAUUCAUAAUGGUUAUUACCGCCAUUUUCCAUAUGUAAACGAUGUCGGUUCUCGAGAGAAAGGACGCUUUACGAGUAAAAGAAAUUGAUAAACAUGUCAAAAAUAAGUUUCGAUGGGACUGGAUGGAAAGGGAAAUCACUGAUACUGUUGGGAAGAAGGAAGUUACGACUUUGUUCGGUGAUUUUAUUCGGAAAAUCGAUCGUCCCGGAAAGGUUUUGUGCACGUGGUGUCAUGAUAAUAUUGACUAUGGAUCACGAGGUUUCAAGGCUUUGGAAGUACAUGCGAAACGCCAAAAACAUAUGAAACAACUUGAAGCAAGGAAAACGAACUAUUCACUAGCUGGUACUUUUGGAUGUCAACCGAAAGUGAGCAAACCUUACGGACUUCAUCCUUUGUUUACAUCGACAACUGCCGUAGACAUCGAGAGGAAAGAUCCACCCAAACAACCCACUUCAGUUGCAGACAGGGUUGUUAAUAAUGAGGUAAGAUAAAAAAUAUUUGCUUGCGAAAUACGCAUGUUUGUUUUAAAUAUUAACCAAUUAUUGCUUUGCGAAAUAUAAAUGGGUUUUUCUAAAAAUAAAAAGCCACGUGAAAAUAUAUUAUGAAAUUACAGAAAUUCAAAGAGUCGCAUUAUUGAUUCCAGUUAACAAUUUAUUUGAAAUAAAUCUGCAUAUAAUACUAUUUUGUAAUAUUAAGCUAAUGUGUGAAGUGAACUGAAGUAAUGUGGUAAUACUGUAAAUAAACUGUAGAUAAUAACACUGAUCAAUGUGACACCUGUGGAUGUGAAAUGAACACAAGAUGUAAAUAUUAGUGACUAAAUACUGUUGGGACUGAACCAUAUACAGUGAUUCAUUAGGAUAAUUUGGUUAUGUAUGUUCUAUUAAUGAUGUUUUCAUGUCUUUAAACACUAAAAUAUUUUCUUCAAAUGGUGCUGUCUUUGUUAAUUUUAGCAUGUUAAAUUGGUGAAAAACCAGGAGCUUCGGGGGGCAUCGCCCCCCUUGUCCCCCCACCAGGGCACCGCCCUGGACCUGGCUGGCCUUCAUCCCCCAGACCCCCGGAAAUUUUUUCAGUCUUUUUCAUUGUGGUCAAAUCCCAUGCCUGGCAGUAUUUU